AUGUCUGACCAAUCUUACGACGAAAAGAAAGGUGCUCCAAUUGAUCAAAUCAUCUCAAAGGAUGUCUUAUCCGAUGAAGAUUACGAUUUCGAAGAUCCUCACAACUACUCCACUCACUUUGUUGAUGAAUAUAACCCAAGAGGUUUAAGAGUUCCAACUAAUGAAGAAGCUGCUAAUUUAAGAAGAGUUUUAGGACAUGCUUCUUAUGCUUCCUACUUAAUUUGUCUUUGUGAAUUGGCCGAAAGAGCUUCUUACUAUUCUGUUACUAAUAUCUUAACUAAUUUCAUUCAAAGACCUUUACCACCUGAUUCACCACAUGGUUGGGGUGCCCCAGCUUCAGAUUCUUCAUCUGCAAGUGCCGGUGCCUUAAAUCAAGGUUUACAAGCUGCCAAUGCUUUAAAUUUAUUACUUACCUUUGUUGCUUACGUGGUUCCAUUAUAUGGUGGUUUCAUUGCUGAUACCAAAAUUGGUAAAUAUAAGGCUAUUUGGAUCGGUGUUAUUGCUGGUUUAGUUUCCCAUAUUUUGUUCGUUAUUGCUUCUUUACCAUCUGUUUUAAAACACGGUAGUGCUGCUUUAGCUCCAACUGUUAUUGCUAUUCUUUCUUUAUCUGUUGGUACUGGUUUUAUUAAACCAAAUUUAUUACCUUUAUUAAUGGAUCAAUACCCUGAAAAGACCGAUGUUGUUAAAGUUUUAAAAUCUGGUGAAAAGAUUAUUGUUGAUAGACAAAAAUCUUUAGAAAGAAUGACUUUAAUUUUCUACUGGGCUAUUAAUGUUGGUGCUUUCUUCAUGUUAGCUACUUCUUAUAUUGAAAGAAGAAUCGGUUAUUGGUUUGCUUUCUUCAUUCCAAUCGUUGUUUACUUAAUUUUACCAGGUAUCUUAAUCUACUUAAGACCAAAAUUAAUCUUUAACCAACCUCAUGGUUCCGUUUUAACUAACUCAUGGAAGGUUUCUGUUAUUACUUUCUCCAGUGGAUGGAUUUCAAGAUGGAGACAAGGUACUUUAUGGGAAUAUGCUAAACCAUCUAACAUGAUUGCUAGAGGUAGAGAAUAUUACGAUGCUAAGAAACAAUCUCCAAUUACCUGGAACGAUCAAUGGGUUUUAGAUGUUAAACAAACAUUCAAUGCCAGUAAAAUUUUUGUUUAUUUCAUUAUUUUCAAUUUAGCUGAUGGUGGUAUUGGUUCAGUUGAAACUUCCCAAGCCGGUGCUAUGACUACUCAAGGUGUUCCAAAUGAUUUAUUCAGUAACUUUAAUCCUUUAGCUAUUAUUAUCAUCAUCCCAAUCCUUGAUUACGGUAUUUAUCCAAUGUUAAGAAAGUAUAAAAUUAACUUCAGACCAGUUUGGAGAAUUGUUUUCGGUUUCGCUUUAGCUGGUGCUUCUCAAAUUGCUGGUGCUGUUAUUCAAUGGAGAGUUUACGAAACCUCUCCAUGUGGUUACCAAGCUACUAACUGUUCUAACAAUGGUAUUGUUUCUCCAAUCUCAGCAUGGCAAGAUGUUUCAUUAUAUAUUCUUUCCGGUGCUGGUGAAUGUUUCGCUAACACUUCCGCUUAUGAAUUAGCUUAUACCAGAGCUCCACCUGAAAUGAAAGGUUUAGUCAUGGCAUUAUUCUUAUUCAUGUCUGCUCUUUCAGCUGCUUUAUCUGAAGCUGUUACUCCAGCUUUAAUUGAUCCAUACUUAAUCUGGCCAUUCGCUGGUAUUGCUAUUGCUACCUUCGUUGCUGCUGCUGGUUUCUUCUGGCAAUUCAGAAACUUACAUAUUGUCAUGGAAGAAGAAAGAAUUAUCAGAGAAGGAUUAGAUAGAAAGGAUGAAGAAGAAAGAAGAGCUCAUGGUGGUAUUGAACACGAUGAAAACUUAGAACCAGUCACUUCUAUCAAAUCUGCUGUUGGUAAAUAA